AAAUAGCGUUGCAUCCACCAAAUGUAUACAUUGCGAUAUAUAUAAUUUCUGGCUACCGAAUAAACUAGUUAUUUUAGAUCAAACUUGUGAGUGGUGAAGUAAGGUGAAAAACAAAACUUCAGAAUGUCUAUGGUACCUCUCCUCUUUCGUGAUUGGUGGGACGAAGAAGACAUGUUUCGUCCUUCACGUCUUCUGGAUCAACAAUUUGGAUUGGGAUUGAGAAGGGACGAUCUAAUUAAUUCACUAAGCACCAUACCCAGAAGAUCAAGGCUAUGUAACUACAUCAGACCGUGGACUACUACUCCUACCAGUCUUCAAAGACAAGAUUCCGGAUCUACUAUCACUCAGGAUAAAGACAAAUUUCAAGUUAUUUUAGACGUCCAACAAUUUACGCCAAGUGAAAUUACCGUGAAGACCAACGGCAACAGUAUCAUCGUAGAAGGUAAACACGAAGAGAAACAAGAUGAACACGGUUUUAUUAUGAGGCACUUUGUCAGAAGAUAUGUCCUACCCGAAACGCAUGAUGCCGAAGGAGUUAUCUCAUCAUUAUCUUCCGAUGGAGUUUUGACUGUGAGUGCUCCAAAAAGAAAAGAGAAACCCUCUUCAGCUGAAAGAGUAGUUCCCAUAACGCAAACUGGACCUGCUAAGAACACUGUAACGCCAGUAGUGGAAAGUCCUUCCCCACAAGCUUAAGUUACGAAUGAGGCGGAUUUUUUAUGUUACUUGAUUUACAAAAAAACUAU